AUGGAGCCCUCACCCUCUAUGAACUUAACAAUGCAGGAUGAGGAGGAGCAACAUCCCCUCCUUCCAUCAAAAGUGGUCCCUCCCCCUCCUGCUUUUGGCAACCAGUGCGGAAGGAACUACUCAUGUCAAAAAGGGGGAGAUCACUCAGUGUGGCUCGAUGGAACCCAGUCAUCACCCACCCUCUCAUAUUACAACGGCUGCCAAUAUAUCUCACCCUCACCACGCUCCUCACCCCGAAGGGGAGACAAUGAGAAAAAAGUUACGGGGAAGGAGGUGCACAAGGAAAAGAGAGGCGAGAAGCCAGCAGGGAAUAAACAGAAUGCAGGGCACAAGGAUCGGAUUUGGGGGAGUAAAACCAAAAAGGCAAGCCCACAGAGGCGCCAGCAGGACAUGACAUCCACUCAGUCACCCUACAAAGGACUCCGCAUGUCUCAAAUGGACUUAAAGGAGACAGAAAGUGGGCCACCCAGUGAAGGAGGUCAAAGGCUGGAGGCCACAUCAAUGGAGAUGCAGGACCGCCAGAGCCUACCCGAGAUCAUCAUUACAACCAAAGAUGACUACCAGCCACAUGCUCCCAACCAAACACCCAGCUCUGACAAGAAUCACCCCAAGUCUGAGGCCAAGGCUGCCUAUGGUGGAGGUGAGGAGACCAGUGUUGCGCAGCACAAGGAUGGUGUCCAUGACUGCCCUCACAAGAAGACCCAGAGCAUCGGUCGUAGGCUGGUCCGCCGAAGGGCACUGUUUGAGAGGAGGCAGAGGCUGAAUGACUGUGCACUCGCUGCGGGGAUGUUUGGAGUGGUGGUCAUGAUCACCGAGACAGAGCUCUCCUGGAGCAUCUACAGUAAGGUCAGCACUGGGAACUAGACCUGGGUUCAAAUGCGUGAUUUUUAUAUAUACUUUGAGCGUUUGCUUGAGUUUGCUUGGAGUGCCAGAUGGGCAGGGUUUGCAGUUUUGGGACUUUUCUAUAGAUUUAUUAAGCCAGGCAAGUUCAACCAGGCACAGAUCAAGUAUUUAUAGAGGCGAAAGAAACGCACACCUAUUUAGGCGAGGUGCUGGCUAACGGAGUAAAACACUUGAAAAAGAAAAGGAGAGCCGCACACUCUAGGAGCUCAGAUGCAAUAAUUGAAUAACCUAAUAACCAACGUUUCGACAAACAAGCUGUCUUCAUCAGGGUAUAAUCACAAACACUGCGGGUCACUAGUUUAUAUAGUGUCAAAGGACACACGCAGGUGUCUGUAAUCAUGGCCGGGUGUGGCCUAAUAGCAUUGGUUAAUUCACAGAUAAACAGAACAUACAUGAGUGUCACAGAAAACUGCUUGACAACACCUUUUACAAGAAACUCAGAAGUGACCCCACUUCCCAAUUUCAGAACACCAUCUUUACUGUCCUAGAUGGGUAUUUAAGUUCUGGUCAAAUCACCAAAAAAGAACCCAAUUUUUUUGGCUAUUCAACACCCUAAAAUUGCCACUUUCUAUACUUUGCCGAAAUUACACAAUCAUUUUACAAAACCUCCAGGGCGCCCUAUUGUAGCGGCAUUGAUGCAGUAACAGCCCCUGUUUUUAUUAGACCUCUCGCAGAACAGCUCCCCUCCUUUGUAAAGGACACCAGCAGUAUGAUCUCUAUUGUUGAAUCUCUUGAUCCUCUCCCUGAUAAUACCUUGUUAGUUACUUUUGAUGUUGAGUCGUUAUAUAUACGAAUAUUCCACACAUUUUCUUUUGCAACGUGACCCAAAUGAACUACCUUCCAGUGCAUGCAUUAUAACACUGGCUGAAAUAGUACUCACACACAACUACUUCAUGUUUCUAAAUGAUUUCUUUAUUCAGACGAAGGGUACUGCUAUGGGAUCCCCUAUGGCUCGUAACUAUGCUAAUUUGUAUGUGGGUUACAUUGAGAAACAGUCAAUUUUCAACCCUCAAUAUUUUCUUGCCUAACAUUAUUAUUUGGAAACGGUACAUUGAUGAUAUAUAUUUGUUAUAUGGAGGGGUGACUUAAAACAGCUCCAGGCAUUCUAUGCUUUUCUUAACUCUUGUUCUGAGCACCUGAGAUUUACUAUGCAAUGUGAAACACGUCAAAUCAGUUUCCUUGAUCUUCUGAUUUUGUGUGAGGAUAAUGUUCUAUACACUGAUCUUUACAGGAAACCUACUGAUCGUAACAGUUUGUUGAGGGCUGAUAGUUGUCACCCGCUUCCCCUGAAAAACAGUUUGCCCUACAGCCAAUUCUGUCAAAUCAAAAGAAUUUGUAAAAAACAAUCAGAUUUCGACAGAAAUAUGGCUGAGACGCAAAGAGAAUUCAAGGAGAGGGGGUACAAAAAUGGUCAGAUUAAUACUGCCAUUGAGAAAAUUCAAAACAAAUCGAGACUUGACCUCUUUCAGGGACAGUCUCGCAAAAAUAAGCAUUCUUGCGUUAUAACUACACGCUAUUCAAAGUGCUCUGAACAAAUUAAGGGAAUCGUUCACAAACAUUGGCACAUUCUAAGAUCUGAUGACAGUAUUGGUAAUGUGUUUUCGGACCCUCCCCUGGUUGUAUUCUCGUGGGGCAGAAACCUCAGAGAUCAAUUGGUAAACUCUGAUUUACCACCCCUAAAUAUCCCUGCACAACGUCUAUUUGCGCCUCUACCGGAUGGAAACUACAAGUGUAAUGGCUGCGCUCAAUGCAAUGGCACUUACAAAUGUAGAUCCUUUAAACACCCCCGAACAGGGAAACAGAUCCCAAUCAAAGGUGUUAUUACAUGCUCCACUAAGGCAGUUAUUUAUCUUAUAACUUGUCCUUGUGGUAAGCAUUAUGUGGGUAAAACAAAGCGCGAAUUAAAAGUACGAAUCUUGGAACAUCGUAGCACCAUUAGGUGCAAAAACUCGACAUACCCAGUCGCUGCCCACUUUUUGGAAGCGAACCACUCGAUUUCGUCCCUACGUUAUAUCGGCAUCGAACAUGUCACCCUCCCUAGGAGAGGGGGUGACCUCGACAACUUAUUGUUAAAACGAGAGGCUGCCUGGAUCUUUAAUUUAAAGACCCUUGCUCCCUUCGGUCUCAACUUAGACUUUGAUUUGAAGCCAUUCUUGUGAUUAUUGUGAUUUUGCUAUUCAUUGUAAAUGUUUGUGGGCCUAUGUAGCCAAGUUGUAUCUAUGAUCGUAUGCUAUCCAUGUUUUUUGUAUUUUCUGUUUAUCUGUGAAUUAACCAAUGCUAUUAGGCCACACCCGGCCAUGAUUACAGACACCUGCGUGUGUAUAUAAACUAGUGACCCGCAGUGUUUGUCAUUAUACCCUGAUGAAGACAGCUUGUCUGUCGAAAUGUUGGUUAUUAGGUUAUUAAAUUAUUGCAUCUGAGCUCUUAGAGUGUGCAGCUUUACUUUUCUUUUACAGAUCAAGUAUUUGAAAUGCUUGGGUAAUUAGUGAGAAAUAAGGAGUUCAAACGUACAGACAAUUAUUUGAAGGCCUUCAGUAUUUGUUGCUGAAUUAAGGUUACUGUGGCCAGGAUUCAAUCAGAGGCGCGUUGUAAAGCGCUGUGGACAAUGCGCCUUUUAAAGGAAAUGUUCCUGCGUUGGCGGAGAUCGUAUAAAUCGGCUCAAUCGGAAAUUACCUUUAAAUGUCAAACACGCUACAAUGUGCCUAUAAUUUAAUCCUGGCUGUACGUUAUAAGAAGGCAUAUUUGCCUAAAUAAAGGUUACUGUAUGUUAAGAUACGUGUGUCCACUACAUGUGUGUUCCCUACAGAGCUCCAUAUACUCCAUGGCUAUGAAGUGUGUUAUCAGCCUGUCCUCUCUCUUCCUGCUGGGUCUGAUCAUUGCCUACCACAUCUGUGAGGUGCAGGUAAUUUCGCCUCUCUGACUACCUACUACACUGCCCAUACUCUCACUAUCUUAAACUAGCUAUGUGAUCCCUCAGCUUAGAUUAUUUGAAGUCAUUCUACUCUACAAUAGUUUUUGUUAUAUACCAGACUAUAGUAUAGUAGAGGUUCUAUUGCUAAUGAGGAAAGUAGAUGGUGACAGAGGGCAACCUUGUCUGGUACCUCUCAUUAUAUCAUUUAUUACACUUUGACUACACUCUCAGUGACACUGUACUUCCUCUAUGCUCUAACUCUGACAUGGCUUUGUACCCAUACUCCCAUCACUGUUAGCUCUACAUCCAUGAUAAUGGAUCAGAGGACUGGCAAAUUGCCAUGACAACAGAGCGGGUGAGCCUGAUCGCCCUGGAGCUGUUUGUAGCGGCGGUGCACCCGUUCCCAGUGGGUCUGCCAUUGUCAUGGCAAGCCAUGUCCCCCACGCUGUCAGAGACAGAGCUGGAGAUCGUGCUGGCUCUGCCCAUGUUCCUGCGACUCUACCUCCUGGGUCGUGCCUUGAUGCUGCACAGCCGACUCUACACAGACACCGCCUCGCGCAGCAUUGGCGCCCUCAACAAGGUCAACAUUGGUCACCAUGCA